AUGGGUGAAUUCAAACCCACACGCAUAUCUCUGCAACUUGCAGACAGGUCAGUGAAGUUUCCUUUGGGUGUACUUGAGGAUGUACCCCUCCGAGUAGGUAAGUUUUUCAUUCCAUGUGAUUUUGUUGUGAUGGAGAUGGAUGAGGAUGUGAAUGUUCCUAUCAUACUAGGUAGACCUUUCUUAGCUACUGCAGGUGCAAUUAUAGACAUGAAGAAAGGUAAGAUUACUUUUGAAGUAGGUGAUGAAAAAUUGGAAUACUCACUUUUAAAUGUUAUGGGUGCUCCUUCUAUGGGAGACACUGUUUGUCAGGUUGAUGUGCUCGAUGAGCUGCAGAAUGAGCAACUUCCCUUGAAUCAGAAUGAUGAUGCUCUUGAACAAGUGCUUAUAGGGAAGGAAGAUGAUAAUGGAGAUUGGCAGUCUAAUGAGUAUACCAGGUUACUUAAUGAAACAAAGGCCGAUCCAAAUCAGAACCCGAUCAGAGAGACAUUGGAAGUAAUGAGUAUUGGGGAGAGUUCUAAGCCUCCCGAGGUAGAGUUGAAACCCUUCCCCUCUAACUUAAAAUAUGAAUAUCUUAGUCCAAAUAAUUCAUAUCUCGUUAUUGUCAAUGCUGAACUCAAGGACACAGAAUUGGAGCAAUUGCUCAACGUUUUGAAAACAUAUAAAAGUGUCAUUGGGUACACCAUUGAUGAUAUCAAGGGCAUUAAUCCUUCUUUCUGUAUGCAUAAGAUCAUUCUUGAAAACGAUCAUGCCUCUUCUGUAGAACCUCAGAGAAGACUUAAUCCUAAUAUGAUGGAGGUAGUUAAAAAAGAGGUUCUGAAAUUGCUUGCUGUAGGUAUAAUGUACCCUAUCUCUGAUACGUUGUAUGAUGGCAAUUUUCUCAAUGGACUCAUAGAAAACUCUAUGGAAGUAUUUAUGGAUGAUUUCUCUGUCUAUGGAACAUCUUUCGAUGUAUGUCUUGAAAACUUGACAAAGGUGCUCCAAAGAUGUAAAGAAGUUAAUCUAAUCUUAAACUGGGAGAAAUGCCAUUUUAUGGUUUUUAUCGGCGUUUUAUUUAAGGAUUUUUCGAAAAUUGCUAGACCUUUAACUGAGCUAUUGGCCAAGGAUGUCCCUUUUGUCUUUUCUGAUGCUUGUCUUGAAGCUUUAAUCACUGCUCCAGUCAUGCAACCCCCAGAUUGGAGUCUGCCGUUUGAAAUCAUGUGCGAUGCUAGUGAUUUUGCGGUAGCAGCCGUGUUGGGGCAAAGGAAGGAGAAGAAGCUCCAUGCCAUAUACUAUGCUAGCAAGACUUUGAGCUCUGCUCAAAUGAAUUAUGCCACAACUAAAAAAGAAAUGCUAGCAGUUAUUUAUGCUAUUGACAAGUUUCAUUCUUAUUUGGUAGGUUCUAAAGUCAUCAUACAUACAGAUCAUGCAGCAUUGAGGUUCUUGAUGACCAAAACACAUGCCAAGCCUAGGUUGAUCCGAUGGAUUCUACAGCUACAGGAUUAUGACAUCGAAAUCAGGGAUACCAAAGGGACAGAGAACGUUGUUGCAGACCAUCUUUCUCGUCUUCUCCUUGACCCCGAGGAUGGAUAUGAUACUCCUUUUGAUGAUUCUUUUCCUGCUGAACAUUUACUAGCUUUAUUACAGACUGAAUCCCCUUGGUUUGCUGACCUAGCUAAUUUUCUCUCAACAGGUACAAUGCCUCAUGGCUACUCUUCUCAACAAAGGAAGAAAUUUCUUUCUGAGUGGGUGGAAGCAAUAGCCACUCCAACCAAUGAUGCUCGGGCGGUAAGUAAGUCUUUCAAGAGAGUUAUUUUCCCUCGUUUUGGUUUACCACGUGUUUUGAUUAGUGACAGGGGAACACAUUUCACGGAGCAUCGGUUUGAAGCAAUGUUGAAGAAAUAUGGAGUACAACACAGACUUGGCAUUGGCUAUCACCCACAAACUAGUGGCCAAGUUGAAGUGUCCAACCGAGAAAUCAAAUCUAUCUUGGAGAAAACGGUUGCAAGGACAAGGAAGGAUUGGUCAGUUAAGAUUGACGAUGCGCUAUGGGCAUACCGAACGGCCUUUAAAACGCCUAUUGGUACAACCCCAUAUAGACUUGUGUAUGGAAAGGCGUGCCACUUACCAGUCGAGUUAGAACACCGAGCUUUUUGGGCUAUUAAAAGUUUGAACUUUGAUGCCAAAGCGGCGGGAGAGAAUAGAUUGUUACAACUCAACGAAUUAGAUGAGCUUCGCCUCGAUGCCUAUGAAAGUUAA